AUGACAAUACUUACCAGCUUAUCCAACUAUCUUCUCCAACAUAUCGUAACCUUUUUGCACGAUGAGAUCGACAGGAUCUGCCUGUUCCUCACCUGUCGACAGUUCCUCUCCCAACUUAACUCUGCAUACCCCUCACCCUUCAUCCCACGAAUAGAGCGAGAGGAUGAACACGAGUAUCAACUCUACCUCCAACUGAACGAGUGGUGGCACCCAGAUCAAGCUCCCUCAAGCACUCUCUACUUGGCAAAGAAUACUCCAGUCCUUCCCUCAGCCGGACUUGACUACAUGUCGUCUGACGCAUUCGGAUAUGUAUGCCACUAUUAUCCAAACCUGCUAGCCAACCUCGUUAUCCUCUCCAAGCCUCUCAGAUUCUCCCUCCUGGAGCAUGUCCAAACCAUUGAGUGCAGCCAUGCUCCUCGCAAAGUAGUCAAGGAUCUGGAUGUGUAUCUCCCUUGUUGGGGAGAGCCUUGCCAAGUGUCGGAAUUGUACAUCCAACAGGAAUACUUUGCCAUCAGACCCCAGCUUCAAGGCGAGUCUGACAUUGGAACACAACUUCGCACAUGUGGAGGGAUCGACGACUACCCUGUUGCAUUCGAGUUGCUACAACUGCUAAAACUAGUGGAGACACUCUCCAUCCUGGACCGGCAGCAGGGAUCCUGUAUACGUCUUCGGCUCAUAGACAGUCUCUCCAACAUUGUCUUAAUCGUGCGAAUCACCAAGUCCAAGGAGAAUGGCACUGUGUCUGUCAAACAUGGCCUUCUCGAGGUCAUUCCCCAGCCAUACCAAACCCUGAUGGAGGUCAUCGCAUCCCAACACAUCGACAUUGACACAUACACAUAUACAUACAUAGAUAACAUGUUAAUCAUUCUGACCGAUCAAGAAAAGAAGCAACGAAUAAUGAAUUGA